UAUUAAUACACGUAUCUGAAGCAAGCUAGCUGCUGCAGGUUGACUAUAUCAACUAUCUAUAAUAUAGAGCAAUGUGUAUAGAACAAUCGAGAAUAGUGUCAACAGGUGGGCUUGCUUCAGUGGUGGAAGCUACGAGCCUAAGCUCACUCACUAUCAACCCCCUUCAGAACCGCACGCCAGGUGUACCAAUUAUAGGGUCUGAAAGGUAUGGCAAGUCUAAACAUGUACGGGCGACACAGGCGAAGUCUGUAUCCCUAGACCACAGUAAAGAAAGAGAAGCACCCUUGGCAGAUUUGUUUGACGGUAAAUGCGGUGCACUAGCCCACUCAGAGAUGGGUCUGUGUGAAGACUCUCGUGAGGAAAAGUCAAGUAACAAGUUCGGUAAUAGUUUAGAGUUAAGAAACAGUUCAGAGUUGAAUGGACCCCUUUCUACUAGAAUAUUACACGGGAAGACAGAGAGGAUAACAAGUACUUUUGAUGCGGUGUGCACACGCCCGGAUUCGGGUACAUGCGAUAUACGAAAUACCAACCGAACACUUUCACAUAUACGAGACUCCGUGGUGUUAAAGAACAGGAAACUCGCAGUCAUUCCUAGCGAUUCCGUGAGAGACGUACACACAGUAGUGGAAUUGAAUCUGCGGCGCAAUCACUUGCAGUCGUUCACUGGAUUGUCACGUUUUACGAGUCUCAAAGUGCUGCAUUUAGCUUCAAACAAACUCGAAAGCCUCGAUAUACGCGUGUGCGAGCUCAGCAGCCUCGAACAUUUGUUUCUGAGUGACAAUCUCUUGGAAAGCUUGCCCGACGAGAUUGGACAACUUGUAAACCUGAAAGUGUUGAGGCUGUGUCAGAAUAGAUUAAAAUCAAUUCCGGAUGCAAUCGCCAAGUGCACUCAACUGCAAACACUGUCUCUGGGGUCCAUCUUUGGUGGGAACAAUCUCAGAGUACUGCCAGACGCGAUGUGUUCACUGCCUGAGCUGGUAGAGUUGGACGUCUCUCGUAAUGAUAUCGAAUAUCUCCCUAGAAACAUUGGAGAUCUACCUAAAUUAAGUAUACUCAAGGCCGCUCAUAAUAAGUUAAGAAGGAUACCCCCUUCCAUUGGCCAGUUGGAGCAACUGUCCUCAUUGGAUCUCGCCCACAAUGCUCUGCGCUCACUCCCAGCGGCUUUGGGUUCACUGAACAAAAUGGCUAUGUUGAAUGUGCAGGAUAAUCAACUGACACGCUUGCCCGGCGAGUUAGGCUGGUUGGCGACGUCAACAUCUCUCUUCAUAUCCGGGAAUCCGUUCACAGGAACACGUACCCAAACACAAAGCACAGCACAAUACAGACCGAAUACUAUGCAGCAGCACAUCAACGGUUUGAGCCGCGGGGGCACAUCCACUACGUCCAUUGCAACCGUGACAACCCACCAAGAACGUGUGCACCCCAGGGGUUCUGUGUACGAGGACGGCUACGACAGUGAGUAUGAGCCUAGCACCGAAGUGGAGCCGACAGCGAACACGAAUGUCUGGUCCAGGAGGGGGGAGAGUUGCGUGCCCACGCUGCAGGAGAUGUGUGGCGAGCUGAUACUCACAAAGAACAUACCAAUCGACCGCAGGCACAUCACCCGUGACCUGGUGUCGUACCUCAACCUGGCCAAGAGCUGUACCGGGUGCAAGCAAAAAACCUUCAGACGGGACAAGCGCGAAGUCUGCCUCAAGAACUUACACGGGCAUACGAGUGUACCCAGUACCGUGCGGCUGUGCAAGGCCUCGUGCGCUAUGAGCUGUAGCCCAGACACACUCAAGAUUGCGCUGAAUUGGUAAUCAUCUAGGUCCAACCCGGCUCGAUUGACCGAAUCGCGCCCAAUGAAAUGGCGUGGUCAUGAAGUCAUAUAAGCCUUUUGAUCAGUGAAAUGUCGGAUGUAGUUUCAAACAUACGGCGCUGGGUGAGACUGAAAUUAGGCUGAGAGCCCUUUGUACUUCACGGAAGAUUAAGGGUUGGAUUUUUCUGAAAUAGCUGUGCGUGUUAUCAUUUGAUCAUGACGAAAUUUAUGCACAAUACCAUGCAAUUAUAGCCGCCGGAAGAAUAUCAACAGUAAGUAAAUAGAAUAUACAGUAGAGGUAGGUUAAGCUACCGUACUACAGUGUCGAUGUGGGCUGCUUGCGAAACGAAUCGGUUUCCGAAUGAGUCUGCAAUCGCACAGAUAUGCUAGUGUGAGAAUUGUGAAUGGACAAUCUUCGUUAGCAAAAAGUUCCAUGAAUAAUUUAAAGUAUAGGUC